GAUCCUUGCUGGCCGGGCCGUGUGUGGUGGGCACGACCCGCCCGGGCUGUGCGCAGGGGACGCGAGACGGCCGCCCCAGCGCCGCUAUUGUCGUUUCCUCCCCCGCAGGAUGAACUUGCGCUCUUGAUCUUCUCUGCCAUGGAAUUCCGCUCCGUGCUUUUAGCCUUCCAGAACCAAAGAAGCCACAGACAACAGAUGCCCCUAUGCAGCGUAUAGCAGUAACUUCCCAGUUCGGUUUCUGUGCCGUCGUUUACAGUAUUUAACUUUAUAUAAUAUAUGUUAUUUAUUAUAGUAUUUCCAUACCUCAUUUUGUGUUUACACAUCUUCAAAGCUGCACAGUAAUUCACGUAUUGAUUAAAUACCACUACACUCUAAGAAUGGCAUCUACCAUGGCGACGCUGAUUACCACUACCGCCACUUCCGGUCCGUUGGUGGACUACCUAUGGAUGCUUAUCCUGGGCUUCAUUAUUGCCUUUAUCUUGGCUUUCUCCGUGGGAGCCAAUGAUGUAGCAAAUUCCUUUGGUACAGCUGUGGGCUCAGGUGUAGUGACCCUGAAGCAAGCCUGCAUCCUAGCUAGCAUCUUUGAAACUGUGGGCUCUGUCUUACUGGGGGCCAAAGUGAGCGAAACCAUCCGGAAGGGCUUGAUUGAUGUGGAGAUGUACAACUCGACCCAGCAGCUGCUGAUGGCCGGCUCAGUUAGCGCUAUGUUUGGUUCUGCUGUGUGGCAGCUCGUGGCUUCGUUUUUGAAGCUUCCCAUUUCUGGGACCCAUUGCAUUGUUGGUGCAACCAUUGGUUUCUCCCUGGUGGCGAAGGGACAGGAGGGCGUCAAGUGGUCUGAACUGAUAAAAAUCGUGAUGUCUUGGUUUGUUUCUCCGCUGCUUUCCGGGAUUAUGUCUGGAAUCUUAUUCUUCCUUGUUCGUGCAUUCAUCCUCUGUAAGGCAGAUCCAGUUCCUAAUGGUUUGAGAGCUUUGCCAGUUUUCUAUGCCUGCACAGUUGGAAUAAACCUUUUUUCCAUCAUGUAUACUGGAGCACCCUUGCUGGGCUUUGACAAACUUCCUCUGUGGGGUACCAUCCUCAUCUCGGUGGGCUGUGCAGUUUUCUGUGCCCUUAUCGUCUGGUUCUUUGUAUGUCCCAGGAUGAAGAGAAAAAUUGAACGAGAAAUAAAGUCCAGUCCUUCUGAAAGCCCCUUGAUGGAAAAAAAGAACAGCUUGAAAGAAGACCAUGAAGAAACAAAGUUGUCUCUUGCUGAUAUUGAAAGUAGAAGUCCUGUUUCUGACGUGGGGUCGGCCACUGUGCCCCUCCAGGCUGUGGUGGAGGAGAGGACGGUCUCAUUCAAGCUUGGAGACUUGGAGGAAGCUCCAGAGCGAGAGAGGCUUCCUAGCAUGGAGCUGAAAGAGGAAACCAGCAUAGAUAGUGCCAUGAAUGGUGCAGUGCAGUUGCCUAAUGGGAACCUUGUUCAGUUCAGUCAAGCAGUCAGCAACCAGAUGAACUCCAGCGGUCACUAUCAGUAUCACACCGUGCAUAAAGAUUCUGGCUUGUACAAAGAGCUUCUCCAUAAAUUACAUCUAGCCAAGGUGGGAGACUGCAUGGGAGACUCCGGUGACAAACCCUUGAGGCGCAAUAAUAGCUAUACUUCCUAUACUAUGGCAAUUUGUGGCAUGCCUCUGGAUUCAUUCCGUGCCAAAGAAGGUGAACAAAAAGGCGAAGAGAUGGAGAAGCUGACAUGGCCUGGUGCAGACACCAAGAAGCGAAUUCGCAUGGAUAGUUACACCAGUUACUGCAAUGCAGUGUCUGAUAUUCACUCUGCAUCUGAGAUGGACGUGAGUGUCAAGGGAGAAAUGGGCCUGGGCGACAGAAAAGGAAGUAGUGGCUCUCUAGAAGAAGAGUGGUAUGACCAAGAUAAACCAGAAGUGUCACUCCUCUUCCAGUUCCUGCAGAUCCUCACGGCCUGCUUCGGGUCGUUUGCCCAUGGCGGCAACGACGUGAGCAAUGCCAUUGGUCCUCUGGUUGCUUUGUAUCUGGUUUAUGAUACGGGAGAUGUGUCUUCAAAAAUAGCAACACCAAUAUGGCUUCUACUCUAUGGUGGUGUUGGAAUCUGUAUUGGCCUCUGGGUCUGGGGAAGGAGAGUUAUCCAGACCAUGGGAAAAGAUCUGACACCAAUCACCCCCUCUAGCGGCUUCAGUAUUGAACUGGCAUCUGCCCUCACUGUGGUAAUUGCAUCAAAUAUUGGCCUUCCCAUCAGUACAACACAUUGUAAAGUGGGCUCUGUUGUAUCCGUUGGCUGGCUCCGAUCUAAGAAGGCUGUUGAUUGGCGACUCUUCCGCAACAUUUUUAUGGCCUGGUUUGUGACAGUCCCCAUUUCGGGAGUUAUCAGUGCUGCUAUCAUGGCAGUCUUCAAAUAUGUCAUCCUCAGAGUGUGAAGUUGUUUGGGAUUAAAAUUUGUCAGUGUUUGGGUCCACCUUACGCAUUCCUGCUCCCUUGAAGAAUGACUGCAGUGUUACAGAAGACUGGCGGGGAGCUCUGGGAGGGAGGUGUUAUUGUGCUAUAAUUGCUUUUGUGCUAAAUAUGACUUGUCUCAAAAUUAGCUAUGUAAAAUAGCCACGUUUCCACCGGCUGCUGUCGAAGUCCCGUUUCCUUCUGGGCUGUGGAUUCCUGUACAUAUUUCUCUACUUUUUGUAUCAGGCUUCAAUUCCAUUAUGUUCUAAUGUUAAAAAAGAAAAAAAAAAAUCACAAGUUAACUUCAGAGACAGCAACCAUUCAGAGCCGUUUGACAGCCUGUGCUCUGCUUUGUUGAUUUCACCAGCUUCUGCCCUAAUGCGCACAGGGAUUUAACAACACAAGCUUAAACUGAAGCGCCCCUUGUAGUCUCUUAAAACAAAUCGUCAUUCGUGCUCUGCCCUCCUGUCAGAGUAGGGGCAGGUUCUGUUGGCAUACGUGGGAACUUCUAGAGGGAUGAGGUUCUUUGGACACAGUGAAAAUUUAAGUUAGUAGUAACUUUAAGAAGAAGUAGGAAGACAAAGACUUCCGGAAUCUUGGUUAUUUCUUUAAGAUUUUUGGCAGCUGGGAUGGAUGAAUGAAGUGGGAUGUGAAUUUCGGCAAGUUAAAUGGGACAGCCUUCCAUGUUCAUCUGUCUACCUCUUAACUGAAUAAAAAGCCUACAGUUUUUAGAGAA